AUGCAGGCCAAGGCGGUGUAAGUGUCCUGUGCACCCUCCGGGUCCGGCUGUGUCAGACGUACCGGAGGUCGGCAUGUUUGCCCUUCCUUCACACCUCCCCGGCGACUUCCAGGCGAGAAGAAGAAAGUGAUGUGUGAGUGAGAGGAGCCGGUCGGUGUUGCGCUUCGCCAAGCUGUCGGAGAAUGCCUGCACCCCGACCAGAGGGUCCGCCCAGGCGGCGGGGUACGACCUGUACAGUGCUUAUGAAUAUACAAUUGCUCCACAUGACAAAGCUAUUGUCAAAACUGACAUUCAGAUCUGUGUACCAAGAGGAUGCUAUGGUCGAGUUGCUCCACGAUCUGGUUUGGCUGCCAAACACUUCAUUGAUGUUGGAGCUGGAGUUAUUGAUGAAGACUAUAGAGGAAAUGUUGGUGUUGUGUUGUUUAAUUUUGGCAACGAACCCUUUAAAGUUAAUAAAGGCGAUCGAGUAGCUCAGUUGAUCUGUGAACGAAUCCUAUAUCCUGAUCUGGAGGAGGUUAAGACCUUGGAUGUGACAGAGCGAGGUGCUGGUGGCUUUGGAUCAACUGGCCAAAACUGA